UUGAGUUUAACAUGUUAACUACUUUAGUUCAUUACAUACUCUAAAACUAAAUGCUUUGGUUUUAUAAUGUUGUGAACACAAAAACUAAAUUAAAAUUGUGGCUUGGUCAAUGAGUGUCUAAAUAUCGGUUUUCAAACAAAUGGCAAAUAGUUAGCUUACAACUAUGGAGAAAACAGAUACUAAGACAAAGGUGGAAGAUGUUUAUAAUCCAUUUCAACAUCGACAAGUACAGAAACCCAACUCCGAUUUCAGAUCCCUGGCUAAUCUUAUUAAGUCGUCAUUAGGAUCAGGAAUUUUGGCAAUACCACUUGCCUUCGCCAACGCAGGAUGGGCAGUGGGUCUAGUGGGCACAAUCGUUAUCACUUUCAUAUGUGGACAUUGUGUACAUAUCUUUGUAGAAACAUCAAGAGCGUGCUGUCGUAUAGAAAGGAAACCAUUACUAGGCUACGCAGAAACCUGCAAAGCCGCAUUUGCAAACGGUCCAAAGCCUACCAGAAAAUUUGCAAAUGCCGCCAGGUAUACACAUAUGUAAACAAUAUUAAUAAAUUAAUAU